GAGAGAGAGAGAGAGAGAGAGAGACGCAGACUCCCACCUCGCCGUGAGAAAGGAACAGUGUCUAACCGGACGUGCGUUUCUCUUCCAUACACCGCGCGUUGCUCACGGGGGCGCGGGUACAGGGUUGCAGCUGGCGUCGGGGGCUCGAACCUGCGGAAAGGACACUGAUCCAGGACCGGGACUGACCCUGAGGAUGAUGAAGUUGGUCAGCGGGGGCUCUGUAGUGAAUGCCGAGGCAGUAUGGGACCAUGUGACCAUGGCUGACCGGGAGCUGGCCUUCAAGGCAGGUGAUGUCAUCAAGGUUUUGGAUGCCUCGAAUAAGGACUGGUGGUGGGGUCAAAUCGACGAGGAGGAGGGCUGGUUUCCUGCCAGCUUCGUCAGGGUGGAGUCCCACCCCCCUCAAACCAAACAGCUUUUUUAUAUCAACCCUGUCGCUGCAUCACGCCUCACAAACGCCACGGCUAAGUUAUGGGUAAAUCAGGAGGAAAACACAGCGGUCGAGGCUGCCGAAAGCUCCAGCGAGGUGCAGAACGGCCACGCGGAGGCCAGUCCGAACCCCAGCACCGACUGCCUGUGUCUGGGCCAGCCCACCCAGAACCGGGACCAGAUGAGGGCCAAUGUCAUCAAUGAGAUCAUGAGCACAGAACGACAUUACAUCAAACACCUGAAGGACAUCUGUGAGGGGUAUCUCCGUCAGUGUAAAAAGAGGAGAGACAUGUUUAACGACGAUCAGCUGAAAGUGAUAUUUGGAAAUAUCGAAGACAUUUACAGAUUCCAGUUAAGCUUUGUCAGAGACCUGGAGAAACAGUUUAACACGGAAGAACCUCAUCUCAGUGAGAUCGGACCCUGCUUUUUGGAACACCAAGAUGGAUUCUGGAUCUACUCGGAAUACUGUAACAACCACGUUGACGCCUGCAUGGAGAUCACACGUCUUAUGCGAGAUGCACGAUACCAGCACUUCUUUGAAGCGUGCCGAUUGGUCCAGCAGAUGAUCGACAUCGCCAUUGACGGCUACCUUCUCACACCAGUCCAGAAAAUCUGCAAAUACCCUCUACAGCUGGCAGAGUUACUGAAAUACACAGUACAAGAACACAGUGAUUAUCGGUAUGUGGCUGCUGCGCUAGCUGUAAUGAGAAAUGUCACUCAGCAAAUCAACGAACGCAAACGAAGGCUUGAGAACAUUGACAAAAUCGCCCAAUGGCAGGCCUCUGUACUGGACUGGGAGGGUGAGGAUAUUCUGGACAGGAGCUCAGAGCUUGUGUACACCGGGGAGAUGUCCUGGAUAUAUCAACCAUACGGGCGGAGCCAAACCAGAAUCUUCUUCCUGUUUGAUCAUCAGAUGGUCCUCUGCAAGAAGGAUCUCAUUCGCCGUGAUAUUCUCUACUAUAAGGGCCGAAUUGAAAUGGAUCGAUAUGAGGUCAUUGACGCAAUCGACGGCCGAGAUGAUGAUUUUAACGUUAGCGUGAAGAAUGCCUUCAAACUGGCCAACAGAGACACAGACGAGAUCCAUCUGUUCUUGCCUAAAAAGCUGGAGGAGAAAAUGCGUUGGCUUCGGGCGUUUCAGGAGGAAAGAAAGAUGGUCCAGGAAGAUGAGAAGAUUGGGUUUGAAAUCUCUGGGUAUCAGAAGAGGCAAGCCGCCUUGACCGUUAGGAGAGUCACCAAACAGAAAGGUGUGGGCCGGUCGGUCCCCCCAGCGUACCCACCACCUUUGGACCCCAUGAACCCCGGGCAGUACCUCCUCCCUGACGGCUACGGGCAGGCGGAUGGAUAUGAAUACGAGCCAAAACGCAGCACAUCACCCUUCUGGCAGAACUUCAGUCGGUUAGCUCCCUUUAAAAAAUAGAACACACACCUACCAGGGGUUGGAUACACCGGCCUCUGUAUACUUGGAAAAGCACUAUUCUACUUAAGAUACAUCUGUGGGACUUGAGGAGGACUGACACGACACAAACUACAGGAGAGAGGACGGACCUUGCUUCACUGGGGUUUACCAGGCGUAUUUCUUUUACUGGGGUUACGGGGACACCUCGCCGGGCUGGCUGCACUGAAUUCUGCACACGACAUGUUGUAAUUCACAGAAAAGAAAUUCACACACACUCACAAAAAAUAUACACAUUUUAUCCCUCAGCACUCUCUUUUUAGAGAGGUUUUAAAUGAUGAAAUAAGAAAAAUCACCUAUGGUUUCUUCUUCUCUACACAAAUCGACAAAAAGCGAAUUUUCACUUUUUGAAGCACUAAACCACCGUAAUGACUCUUACUCUCUAGCGCCGCCCUGGUGUUCCUCCGUGCACUGUGACUUUUCGGGGCAUUCUCUCUCACCCAAUCUCUUUUAUCUCUCGAUCUCAUACUCGACAUUAUCACGUGUUUUUCCAACAGUUUCGAGUCUGGUCAAAGCUGAAGAUUUUUUAUUUUAUUCCUGGACAAUUUCUCCUCGGAUGGAACCUGCUGCACUCUUUAGUUUGUUUUGCAUGAGAUUCAGUUCAUUGCAGGUAUUUUUAUUUGUGUAAUUCUAUUCGUACGGGUCUCAAAGAACAGUGGAUCACGAUCUGCAAAUUUGUCACUCGAUCACGGUCUACUGGAAAUACAGAUAUUGGAACAACUUUGACAUUCAGAGAAAGCUACGAUCGAUCAAGCUUAAAGUCGUUUUGGUUUGGUGGAGCUUUUGGGUACCCUGAGAAAACUACAGACCAGAGAAACCUGAAGGAGGAACUGUUUUGUCUCUGAACAGUGGACCUCUGUAGCGUGUUUACGUCAGAGCCUUGUUUAUCCUGAGCUCUCGGUCUUGGCUUUAUCAUUGUUUCCUCUCUCCCAUCAUCAGUGCUGAUCAGUUGUUAAAAAGUAAUAAUUCCACCUUCUUCAUUUUAUAGGGAAUGAUACUCGGACCAGGACGACUUUAAUCCUGCUGAUCAACCUCGUAAUGACGUGCCAAUUCAUGUCUAACGUGCCAAAAUAGUCUGGUUGCCAAAUUUUCCUCUAACAGGUGCAUUGGCAUGUGCGAAUGCCAACCCCAUGAGCUGGUACCCCGCCAUGUGACUUCUCAGGCGAAAAUUAAGUCAGUGAAAUUUGGUUAUCGCUGCUAGGAUUAGCAUGACAUAGAGUUUCAGUUUUUUCUCUUUUUUUUUUGGUUGUUUUUUGUUCUCUCUCUAUAUAUACAGUAUAUAUAUAUAUUUAUUUUUUCCCAAAUUAAAGGGACUUGUGCGAAAUUUCAUUUAUGGUAUAUUCGGGUUUUGUCUGAUAACUUUCAAAGGAUAGUAUUUAGUCCAAUCACAAUAUUUAAAGUAUUGCUAUAAAACAUUAUUUAUUCUAUUAUAGUGUGAUUUUAUUUUUUUCCAUCUUGAUCCUCUUUCUAUAUUUUAGAGCUUCUGCUGGAGUGUUAAAGACCUUUUUAGGGCAUAAAAAAAUGUAAGAGGACAGUAUGGAAGAAAUAUGUCACACGUGUGUACUAAGUGCCACAUGAAACUAUUAUUAUGUUACAAAGGAAAAUAACAGUUUAAUAUUUUUGAUUCGGUGAUAUGAUUGAAAUAAGAACAUUAUAUCAUUAUUUCAUAAUAAACUUAAUUAUGGAGAAAACAGAGUUGAACUGAA